AUGUCUGAAAGUCACUAUCAUUUCAAUGUUGUCAUGUCCUGUCAAGGAUGUUCCAAUGCCAUCAACAGAGUUUUGACUAAAUUAGAGCCUGAUGUGUCUAAGAUUGAUAUUUCAUUAGAGAAACAGACUGUUGAUGUCUACAGUAAGUUGCCCUACGAAACCAUUCACGACAAGAUUGCAAAGACGGGCAAAGAGAUCAAGUCUGGAGAAGUAGUAUAA